AUGGUAGGUAAUGACACAUUUACUUACGCACCGAUGAUUCUGGACGAUAUAUUGGAUAACAAGGCAAGUCUAAUAUUGCUCAAACAUGAGAAUAAAGACGACAACUACCUUGUGUCCAUGCUUGAGGCUAACAGUAAUGGCACCUGGGCGUUGAAUUUUAUGGAUAUUGCCCCUACUAUCAAGCGUGAUGGGGUAGAUGGUGACCAGUACCUUAGUGGUGCUGGGGGUAUAGUUAUCGAGUGUCAGUAUGGUGGUGGUGUUGGAGAUAGCUAUGAUAAUGAUCAGGGAUGGGUCGAUGCUGUGUCUAAGCGCCAAGGGUACGCUCAUGCCAUGUCCGCAACGUAUAAUUUCCAUCACGGCUAUAUCGGCAGCAGUAGUAGACUAAAGUGUGCGACAAAGAUGUACACUACGGACCAGACUAUGCAAACAUGGCGCAAUUGGAACGAUGUAUGGCCAUCGUUCUGA